CGAUCAUCGAUCACGUACCCUCUUCCGCCACCGCAGAGGCUGCGAACAGGGUCCCUGCAGGCAGCAUGGUGACCGUGGAGGAAGUCCGCCGUGCGCAGCGUGCCGAGGGCCCCGCCACGAUCAUGGCGAUCGGGACGGCCACCCCGCCCAACUGCGUCGACCAGAGCACGUACCCGGACUACUACUUCCGGAUCACCAACAGCGAGCACAAGACCGAGCUGAAGGAGAAGUUCAAGCGCAUGUGCGAAAAGUCCAUGAUCAAGAAACGCUACAUGCACUUGACCGAGGACAUCUUGAAGGAGAACCCUAACAUCUGUGCCUACAUGGCGCCAUCGCUGGACGCGAGGCAAGACAUGGUGGUGGUCGAGGUCCCGAAGCUCGGCAAAGAAGCGGCGACGAAGGCCAUCAAGGAAUGGGGGCAGCCCAAGUCCAAGAUCACCCACCUGGUCUUCUGCACCACCAGCGGCGUCGACAUGCCCGGCGCCGACUACCAGCUCACCAAGCUGCUGGGCCUCCGCCCGGCCGUCAAGCGGUACAUGAUGUACCAGCAGGGCUGCUUCGCCGGCGGCACGGUCCUCCGCCUGGCCAAGGAUCUGGCCGAGAACAACAAGGGGGCCCGCGUCCUCGUGGUGUGCUCCGAGAUCACUGCCGUCACUUUCCGUGGCCCCAGCGACAGCCACCUCGACAGCCUCGUGGGCCAGGCCCUGUUCGGAGAUGGCGCGGCCGCGAUCAUCGUGGGGUCGGACCCGGUGCCCGGGGUUGAGAAGCCGAUGUAUGAGGUCGUCUCGACGGCCCAGACCAUACUCCCGGACAGCGAUGGGGCCAUCGACGGGCACCUCCGCGAGGUCGGGCUCACGUUCCACCUCCUCAAGGACGUCCCCGGGCUCAUCUCCAAGAACGUCGAGAAGAGCCUCGUCGAGGCCUUCCAGCCGCUCGGCAUCUCGGACUGGAACUCCCUCUUCUGGAUCGCGCACCCCGGCGGCCCGGCCAUCCUGGACCAGGUGGAGGAGAAGCUGGCCCUCAAGCCCGAGAAGCUGCGCGCGACCCGCCACGUGCUGAGCGAGUACGGGAACAUGUCGAGCGCGUGCGUGCUGUUCAUCCUGGACGAGAUGAGGAAGAAGUCGGCCGAGGACGGGCUGAAGACCACCGGCGAGGGGCUCGAGUGGGGCGUGUUGUUCGGGUUCGGGCCGGGGCUCACCGUCGAGACCGUGGUCCUCCACAGCCUCGCCGCUUGCUAAGGCUUAGCAAGACACUCUCUACAUCGUUUCAUUUGUUUGGUUUGUCAUCAAUUUCUCUGAAUUUUUUUCACUUUUCUUCUCUUUUCUUUUGCAGUUUACUUAAGUCAUUAAGUUGCGCAUUUUGAGUGUCGAAAAAAGGGGGUUUGCGAUGGGCGAACGUGGUGCUUCUGGGGCUACAUUGAAAUAAAUGGGGAGGGGAGUUAUGUGUACCAAAGAUUUCCCCAAUAAUAUUUCAUAUGCAAUAUAUGUUGAUGUGCUCCAAUCGAUAUUUAGUAGUUCUAAUUCUUGUCUAA